AUGGAACAUAAAAUUUCCCUACGCUCCCCGUCUGUCCACCUUGCUGCGACCCACGGCAUGCACGGGCGCAUUACCAUACACGCUCUACCACCCGAGCUCCUUCUGGAGACAUUCAAACAUCUCUCAGCACUCGAACCUCUGGGUUUCAUAGACUAUGACUACGAUUAUCCCGAUGAGGAUAGCGCCGACGGCGGAAGUCUGAUUGGCUCUAUACAUAUGGAGGACGAUGAGCACGAGGAUCUUUCCUGCCAGAUUCCGGAUGCGGAUAUCCCAUUCCAAAGUCCUACAACCAUCACACACUCGCUCCCAUAUCGCGAAGACUCCCCCACUGACUCGGACACCUUCACGUCACAGUCGACAUACGCCCCCUUCUCCCUCGGAUGGACGCGUGUCACACAUGUCUGUAGUAUUUGGCGUCAGAUAGCGCUCGGAUGCACCGAUCUUUGGUCUUAUAUCCCCCUUACACUUCCACCCGCAUGGGUUGACGAACUAGUGCGGAGGCGUAAAACAGGUUCCUUGGAUAUAUUCAUCCCACAUUCGAUGGAGAUGCAUCAUUCACAACAAGAGGAUGAACUCAUCGCAGUGCUUCACAAGCUGGGUUCGCACCGCAUCCGCUGUAUAGAUAAUGCAAACGAAGCUGUGGAGGUGCUUGAGAUCCUAGGAUCGGAGACGGGAUCUACUACCCUUGCAUUAGAAGAAAUGACAGACUCGAUGGCGGUCACUCCCGCGAUCAAUUUGAAUAACUUCAAAUUGCUACGACGACUGGACGUGGGACUCAACGGCGAUGAUGCAUCUUUACUUGAAUUCUUGGCGGUCAUUGAUCUUCCAUCUCUUACCGAACUGGUGUUAUGCACUAUAAACUUCGAUGAAAAUAUACCCCUUUCUCCUCAGUGGUGCACACUUCUCUUGAACCUCGCUGUCCUCGACUUACACGAUGUCAACAUCGACUUCGAAGGUUCUGACAUCUGCUUGCCUCGACUACGUCAACUGACUCUGGUCGAGAGGGGCCCAUCCUGUGGCAAUUUCGUAUCGCACGCCCGCAUGCCCCUUCUAACAUUCUAUGCUGUUAGAUAUCUUAGGCCUGAUUACCCCAUUCUGGUACAUCUCGACGUUAUAAGGUCUAUGGGGCUCUUUCGCAUUCUGGACGACAUAGACGGAGCCAUGAUCCCUGCUUUGCAGACGCUCUCCGUGACACAUUUUUAUUCAUUCCUGAGCAACGUCAUUGCAAUACAUGGCUGGCGUUCCGCGGUACAGGAUGUUGCUGCAAUAGAUGUUCCAUUGCCAGAGACGCAUGCGUCCACACUCGAUGCAGACAUCUCACACAUCUUUGAGCCCGUAAAGCAAGAUGGCCCUCCUCAGUUGGCCAAUUUUGCGAUAGCUCUCCUCACCCAUCCUACUUUGAGCACAUUGCGCGUGCUAUCCCUUGAUCUAAACCCAGAGCUAGAACUAGGAGACACGUCCACUUGGUUUCGGAUACUACAUCCCCUACGGCGGCUUCGGCACCUCCGUAUAACUUCUCCACCAAGUAAGCGGGGCACGCCGCUAUGUAUCUUGCGAGCUAUAUUAUUUGAUCCUCUCACUGGCGAAUAUGUGUUGCCCUAUAUGUCACGAUUGACACUUGUUGAUUGGGAUCCCGACAUGCGUGUCCUUGCCUCCGAAGACGAGUCUGUCCCAGGCGAGGUUCUGCGAGAGAUCAUACUGACCCGAGUGCACAAGACUGCCCUCGAGACCGUGCAUCUGGUCGGUUGGCGCCGCGAGUACGAUCGGCAAUGGUUACGAUAUCUGCCGCAAGUCGACGGUAUAGAGAUCAUCUACGAGCGCCUCUUCGUCUCUUUGAGCCACAUACAUGUGACGGAUGAGUCGGAUUCGGAAUGGAGUGACCAGGUUGUAUAUGAUGACGACAGCGACGAUGCUGUAGGUAUUAACGGCGCGGAUGUGAUGUAG